AUGAGCGACAACGAACACCGCAUACGCCUCGUUCUACUCGGCGGCGCUGGCGUCGGCAAGAGCUCCAUCAUCAGCCGUUUCCUCUACAACAAAUACACGGAAAAGUACAAAAGCACAGUGGAGGAUCUGUACAACCGCGACUACGAGAUCGGCCAGAUCACCCUCAAAGUCGACAUCUUGGACACGGCCGGAGACUUCCAAUUCCCCGCCAUGCGAAGACUCUCCAUCGCAAACGCACACGCCUUCCUCAUUGUUUACUCCAUAAGUAGUUCCCAGUCGUUCGAAACCGUCCGCCAGUGCAUUGAGGAGAUCAAAGAGCAGCGCGUUGACUUCGAGGACAUCCCCAUCGUCAUCGCAGGCAACAAGAUGGACCUCGAGGUGGAGCGGCAAGUCUUCAAGGAGGACGUCACGGAGUGGAUCUACAGAGAGCUCCAGAGAUUCAGUUUCUCCCAUUUCCCCCAUUUCACCUGUGGAGUGGCGCUAGCUGCUCCGGAAACCCACUCUCGAUCCCAGACAUAA